GAUUGACCUUCUUUGUGCGGCCUAGACUGUAGCCCUGAGCCCUGUCCACCACAGAGUCAGGGGACCUUGAGUAUAUUUCGGGUUAGAAACGGGUGUAAAUAUUUUGUGUUGUCUAUGUUUAGAUUUUGUAUAUAAUCAACUGCUAGUACAAUGCCGGGUGAGGUGGAAAUACCCACUCUAGAGGAACUAAAUGUCAACGAGGUGAAUGUGUCCUCAGCAGUGUUGAAAGCAGCAGCUCAUCACUAUGGGUCGCAGUGUGACAAGGCCAAUAAGGAAUUCAUGUUGUGCCGCUGGGAGGAAAAGGACCCAAGGAAAUGCUUGAAUGAGGGAAGGAAGGUCAAUGAGUGUGCUCUGCAGUUCUUCAGGCAGAUAAAGACUAACUGUGCUGAACCCUUCACAGAAUAUUGGACCUGCUUGGAUUACUCCAAUUUGUCUGAGCUGCGCCGCUGUCGCAAGCAGCAACAUGCAUUUGACAGCUGCGUUCUAGACAAGCUGGGCUGGGAGAGACCUGCUCUUGGAGAUCUGUCAAAGAUCACCAAGGUCCAGACAGACAGGCCUUUCCCUGAGAAUGCAUAUCACUCGAGGCCAAGACCAGAGCCCAAUCCUGUCAUUGAGGGGGAGCUCCAGCCUUCCAAACAUGGCAGCAGACUGUUCUUCUGGAACUGGUGAAGUGUCUCACCUACUGAAUCUGAAUGUUUAGCGAGCCACUGCAGGCUUUGAAAUGUGCAAUGCAGCUUGUACCAUACCAAUCUGUUUAAUGUAUGUAAAAAAAAAAAAUU